UUACGACAUUUCCAUUCUGAUUUACGGCACCACCGGUGCUGCAGAAACGAGAGAGCGGUGGAAGCCAGACUAGCUUAGCUUUCUUUACACAGUAAUUCAUCUUGCGUGAGAAAAAGACUAUUGUCAUUUUUGCUUAUUGUAAAGCGUACAUGUUCGUGUCAGUCAGGUGACUACUGAGAUUCUGCCGAUUUUUCUCAUAAACAUGCCUAUUCAGCUGACGAGUCAGGCUUACUGUAAAAUGGUUUUACAUGCUGCCAAGUACCCUCACUGCGCUGUGAAUGGAUUGUUGGUGGCGGAGAAAAUGAAGGAGAAAAAGAAAGACAGCCACGGAGAAGCAGUGCUGUGUGUGGACUGUGUGCCGCUGUUUCACGGGACUCUGGCUCUGGCACCAAUGCUGGAAGUGGCUUUAACACUGAUUGAUACUUGGUGUAAAGAAAAUAAUUACGUCAUUGCUGGAUAUUAUCAAGCCAAUGAACGCACAAAGGAUUCAAGACCCAACCAAGUUGCAGAAAAAGUGGCUGCCAGGAUUUCUGAGAACUUCAGCGACGCAGCAAUUGUUAUGGUGGACAACAGUAGAUUAACAAUGAGCUGUUUUGAGCCCAUUGUGCAUAUCCAUGACCAUCAUGAAAACAAGUGGAAAAGUAGAGAAGUAACUUUUGACUGUUUUGAGGACUGGAGCGAAGCACAGAAGAUCACAUCUGCUCUGUUAGAGGGCAGGUCCUAUGAGAACUUGAUUGACUUUGACAAUCACUUGGAUGAUCUGAGGAACGACUGGACCAACCCUGUGAUCAACAAGUCCGUCCUGGAUCUGUGCUAAGCCAGUCAGGAGUAACCUACACAUAGACAAAUAUCGCUGCCGUUUCAGCAUGCAUGAUGCUACUUAUCUUGUAGCACAGGAGUACAAAAAUGCUGAACGCAUGAUCUUUGUUCCAUGACAAGCCCCUCCUACUGAGAGGAACUUGCGGAGCACUGACUGAUUAGAGCCAAAUCUCUCAAGGUCAAGAGCCAUAUGUGCUCUUUUGGCAUGUGUCCACCUUAACAAGGUGAUACUGAGGUGAUGAAGGCAAUUAUGUUUUUGACUGCAACUUAAAUGUUUUUGUUUUUUUUCUCCCUACAAUGAUUUGUGUCUUCCCAUAGUUGUGUGCAUUAACUUAAAUUGUAGAGUAUUUGAUCUAUUUUUUACUCUGAAAUUUUACAGCCAGUAGCCAUACAGAGAUCAUACAUUUUAAGGAGAUGAUUGUACUACUGAGAUAUGAUAUAGAUACAUGUUUUCUAUGAUAGGUGUAGUUUGUUUUAAGCCCUGAAACUAAAUUAAAAUAUAGAACUGUAGUCUGAUGAUGUUUGUUGGCAGUUUGUUUAAAACACUCCUGAAAAGAUAAGAAAAUAGAUGUCCUGGAGAGGCAGGUAUCAUUAAAAAAAAGGUUUCUCUUAUCUUACAAGUUAUGUCUUAUAUUAUCUUUGUCUUAUCUAUCUUAAAAGAUAUAAUUUUUAAAUGAUUAAUUAUUAGGAAAAUAUUCCUAUGAUGGAUGGCUCCUAUUGUUUAUCCUGGUACACUCCAGAAUGUCAUUCUUCUGAUGACAGGAAUAUUUUAAUUUUAUUGGGUAACUGUUGUAAGAAAUAGGUAAUAGUUUGUAUUUAUACUUAAUUGACUGCUCUAAAUCCUAUUAUUUAAUACGUAAUGUUAAAACAUUUGAAUACUUAAUGUUAGGUUACAGAACUGCCUUUGUAUUUCAGAUAAGAAUUAAUCAGUAAGAGCUAUUAAAUAAUGGUUUGGAUAUCACAUUUUUUUACAUUAAUUUUAUAAACUGAAUGUACAAUGAAAUCCCCUUUGAAACCAAGUCUUUUGUAAGAUUCAUGUAAUUUAGUCAUUAUUUUAUAUGUAUCUGCCUUUGACUCUUGAAAAGGGAGACUUGCCGGCAGAGCCAGGUUUUGGUUUAAUUUUGUAAGGCUGAAAAAUUCACGAGUGUUAGGCUUUGCUGCAUCAUCGGUUACACCUGUCAGCCAGAGCAGGGUAAUAUGUUUUCUGUUCAGGAAAAAUGGCGAAUAAUAUUGAAGAUAUUUUUAAUGUCAAUUUGCAUGAAAGAAUUCACAAUAAAACAAUGUUGUAACUUACAUGUUGAAGUAUAAAUACUACAGAAAAAGAAUAAUAGUCAAUAAAUAGAGUACUAGAUUGCAUUACCUUAAAAUUGUCACCUCUAAAGAGAAUAUAACAAUAGCUUACAAAAGUCUUGAGUUUGAAUCUAUGGUCUGAUUGUUUACAGUAAAUUGAUAUAGGUCUUUAGGGCAAAAGAAUCUGU